CUUUGAAGCCAUGUUGGUGCUAGCGCGGAGGUAAUUUUAGACACGCUUUGUUGUAGUGUUUUAGUUUUGAAUUUCUUCUUGACUUGUCUGCCAUCGAAGAGUUUUUAAACGAAGGGGGAGUGUGGUUUGGUCCGCUUUCGUGAGCCCGUCCAAACGCAGAUCGCGUUAGAAUGUCUCGCCGUUAUGACAUGGGUGAGCAAGAUACUUCGGCGACUCAUGCAGUCUCCAAUCGUCGGAAAGUCACCGUCAAAGUUUGUAUGCUCGACGAUUCCGUGGUAAAAUUUGAUAUAGAGCCAAAAGGUAAAGGCAAAUCUCUAUAUGACAACGUCUAUGAAUGCCUGAACUUGGAAGAACGUGAAUACUUUGGACUAAGUUUUUAUGACAAAAAUGACAAUUUGUUUUGGCUUGAUGAUAUUAAACCUCUCAACAAACAAGUCAAAGAUCUCCGUUCAACGCUAUUUAGAUGCUGUGUGAAGUUUUAUCCACCAGAUCCUGCAAGUCUUCAAGAGGAGUACACAAGGUAUUUGUUUGGUCUUCAGAUAAAGAGAGAUCUUCUUAGUGGAAGAUUAAAAUGUUCAGAGAAUACAGCAGCCCUAUUGGCGUCCUAUGUUGUUCAAGGUGAACUUGGUGAUUAUGAUUCCAUGUCAUGCAGACCAGGAUAUUUGUCAGAGUUUCAAUUUUUCCCUGGUCAGACAGCUGACUCAGAAAAGAGAAUAUCUACUUACCACAAAGAGCACAGGGGUCUGUUGCCUGCUGAUGCUGACUACAACCUCCUAGAUGUAGCCCGAAGACUAGAGAUGUAUGGUAUGAUACUUUAUCCUGCCAAGGACAAAGAUGAUGUUGAACUCUACCUUGCGGCAGCUCAUAUGGGUGUCUGUGUAUUUCAGAAUGGGGCAAAAAUUAAUACAUUUUCUUGGGCAAAAAUAAGAAAGCUUAGUUUUAAGAGAAGAAGAUUUCUUUUGAAGCUCCAUCCUGAAAUAUUUGGCCAUUACAAGGAUGUUGUGGAAUUUCUAAUGGCAAGCAGGAAUGCUUGUAAGAGCUUUUGGAAAAUUGCAAUAACUACACAUGCUUUCUUCAGACAAAAUGUAAGCAACCCAGUUACCAAGUCUCGUCCAAGAAUCCUCAGCAGAGGCUCAUCAUACAGAUACAGUGGAAGAACACAGAAACAAAUCAUUGAAGGAUGUCGAACAACUUUCAGACAACAGCCUCCAUUUCAAAGAUCACAAAGCAUGAAAACACCCACAAGACACAAUUCUAUGGGAAACUCAUCACAACCAUCACCUAUGUUUUUCUCUGGACUAAGUGAGAACACACCCCCAAGGCCACUGAUACCUCUCCAGGAAAAACGGCCCCUAUCCUCAAAUGGACCAACAACAAGUAUUUCACAUGAGGAUAGACCACAGGAAACUCCACCUGAGGAGGACUUGGUCACCGAGCCAUUACCUGAAAAGAAGGGUGCCAUUCCACUCCAAGAUCUUGAUGAUGAACCAGAUAUGAUGAGGGAAGAGUCAGAUACACCUUCAGAAGCCCAGUCAGAGGCAGACCUUGAGUGGCAAACAGAGCCACUUGAAGUUGCUCCUGCAAGCACUACUGAGGCUUCUGUAAAUGUGCAUGAAUUUAAAGAAACAACAGAUGGCAAACCCAGAGAGGCUGUGGAGAAUAUUGAUGGUGAAUUUGAACGUGAUACACCACUGAAUUAUUGCAGUGGAGGUGAUGAUCACAAUGUUGAUGAGAAGGUUUUGAUUCCAGAAGAAUGUGUGCGCAUUGAGUAUCAACCACAACCAAAACCACCUUCACCUGUGGAGGUGAGUGAUGUUGACACAAUGUCACCUCCCCCGCCAUCUCCUCCCCCACCACCACCAGAAGAUGAGGAAGAUGAUGAAAUUCCAGGAGAGAUCAGAGAUGAAGGGGUUGGUCAGGAAUUUCCAUCACCACCACCAGAACUAUUACCCUCACCACCACCUGAGUUGCUGAAUGACUUUGAAAAUUCAGAGGAAGUUGAGCGUCCAAUACCUGUUGUUCCACAUAAUGGAUUCCAAGAAGAAAAUCAAAAACUAUAUGAUAAGGAAGGGGAAAACAGGGACGAGAAAAGAGAUUCAGCAAAACUGAACAUCACAUGUAGCAGUAUAGUCACUAAAGUACAGAAUGGUGGAGUAACACGACAUGGAAAAGGUAGCAGAGGGUCUCGUCACAGCACAGACAGCGGUGCAACAUCAGACUCUGGAGAAGCAAGGGAUACUAUGUAUGACGAGCUGUCGUCUCCAUUCCGAAGUGACAUUGAAACAUCGCCCCCAGUGUCUCCCACCUCACCAAUUUCAUUUCAAAAGGGUGCUUACAUCUCCAAGGAAUUGUACAGCGCAGCUCACAAUGUCGCCAGAGAACUGUUGAACACGGAGAGAACAUUUGUAAAAGACCUGGAAGUUAUCACCAUUGCCUUUAGAGAUGUUGUGAAUGAAGACAGUAUUCUUCCUGAGGAGAGAAGAAAGCUUCUGUUCUCUACAUUUGAUCCAAUUUACGAUUUCCACUGCUCAUUCUUAUCCGAGCUCGAACAGCGAAUGAACCUGUGGGAUAAAAGUGGAGCGUCUAAAACGAACGAGAGUCCAAGAAUGGGAGACCUGCUGCUACGUAACAUGAAGCAGAUAAAGCGAUACCUACACCAUGUGAAGAGACACGCCCAAGUGAUGCUUGAAUUAGAGGAUGCAACAAAUAACUAUAGAGACUUUGAGGUCGCCUACAAAGAGUUCGAGACUCAAAAAGUUUGUUACCUGCCAUUCAGUGCUUUCAUCUUGAAGCCAUCGCAAAGAAUAGUUCAUUACAAAUCUCUUCUAGAGAGACUUUUAAAGUUUUAUCCCACUGAACACAUCGACCAUAAGGACACUCAAAGAGCCUUGGAGGAAGUGAACGAGGCAGUUAAAGCUGUAGAGGAAAGUAUAAGGAAACUGGAAAACUUUCAGAAAAUCAUCGAGCUUGAAAGAGAUUUGCUUGGAGUUGAAAAUCUCGUGCAACCUGGAAGGGAGUUUAUCCGAGAGGGCUGUCUUCAGAAAAUUGACAGGAAAGGUCCACAACCAAGGAUGUUUUUCUUGUUUUCCGAUAUUCUCCUCUACACGUUCAAAGGCGUCACGUUAACAAACCAGUUUAGAGUGCGGGGCCAGAUCCCUCUGGAUACCAUACGGCUUGAAAACAGUGGUCCGGAGAUGCACGGGUUAUAUUCAUUUACUAUCAUCUCGGAAGCAAGAGAAAUUCAUUUAGCGGCAGGGUCAGAGGAAGAAAAAUACAAGUGGAUGGAGGAUCUGAAAAGAGCUGUAAAACAAGCUAGAGAUCGGGUUUUUUGCGGAGCUUGCUCUCAGAAGAGAUCCAACUUUGCCUACCGAACCCCCAAAAUGAGAUCAACUCGAUUCCUAUGCGAAGAAUGCUACAGCGAUCUAGAGCAAGAAGAAUUACAUAAUGGAGACACUCCCUACCCCCAGAUGGGAUCAGGUGACAAGGUCCUGCCCCUACCCACCCCCGUGGAAAUAACAGGAAUAGCAGAUGGUGAUGGAUCGGAUGACGAGAUCAAUUCUAGUCCAGUGUCAAGCUUGGAAAGAAGACAUGCGCACACUCACACCAUGUCCACACGUAGAGUCUGUUGGCAUAGAAAUACUAGUAUUAGUAUGAUUGAACAUUCGCUUUCUGUGCGAAAUCAGAUGAGUGGAGAAUUGCUGAGGAAAUUCAAGACUGGAAAUCGAUGGCAGAAACUGUGGGUCGUGUUCACAAACUUCUGUCUUUUCUUCUACAAAACACACGAGGACGAGUUCCCAUUGGCGAGCUUACCACUGAUUGGUUACUCGGUUGGGAGACCGGUUGAGGCCGAUGGUAUCGACAAGGACCUCGUUUUCAAGCUGCAGUACAAGACCCAUGUGUACUUUUUCAGAGCCGAAAAUGAAUACACCUUCUACAGGUGGAUGGAGGUGAUUACAGGUGCAACCCAAAGCUCAUCCAGAGUGCGUCUUUUCAGUCGUCAGAUCAGUUCUGUUCAUUAAGCAAGCUGCGAUUUGGAACAAGCUGCUUCUUUGUUGUACGUUCACCCGAGGUAUUUUAUAAUCGUUUUAUUACAUGCGUGCGCUGCUUUUCUAACGGGUGCCGCGAAGCCAAUCUUGGAGAAAAGUGAGGUAUUGUUCCUGAACAGUCUCUCAAGCUUUUUUACAAUGGUGACUAGGAUCGUAGCCAAACAAGGCUUUUUUACCGAAGGGAUGCGUCUGCUACAAGCUGUGAAUGUGACCCUUUGUGACCGUGGAGACGAGAAAUAAGUUAAAUUGCUGCAAGGAUCAAGGGCAGGCCUUCACCUCAACAUAGGCCGGAGGAUUUCUCCCCAACACUUCAAAAAUUCAAAGGCAUGGAAUGGAAGUAUCGUUUGACUUGUAAUGAUUUCCCAGGCGCGCAUUCAAGCUGACCUAAAAUGGGUUGUUGGUUCUCUUAAAGAGUCUGCAGUGAAUCUCUCAUCUUGAACGUCUCUUUCAAUGUGGAAUGGGCUUUGCAGCAUCCAGUAAUCUUCUCUUAAUUGUACCCGAUAGUGUUGUUGCUGAAUGACUCAAGUAGUUUCCGCGAGGGAGACUUAGGUAAUGGUUAGAGACCAUAUAACAGGGCAUGAUAAGCAGCCGUUAUCUUGGCAUUACUUCAACGCCAAUUUUAAGCGUUCUUCUUAAAAAACUUACUUACAAACACAUUUUUUUAAGAGGUCUAUUUCCUACCGCUUAAUACUAUAUUGUUAUUUAGUCUCUCGCCUGGUACUCCAUUAACUUACAAACUCCGAAUUUCUUCUCCACAGUUCUUUCAUUUUAGCUUCCCCUCGUUUUCUUGUAAAUUAAUUGAGAGUUGGAGUUCUCUAAAGAUAAAACUUGUACAUAAGGAUUUCUAUUCUCCCCAUCUGUUCUCAGUAAUGUAUUGCAAUUACGAGGAGAAGUUUCAUGUUAAUCACUGAUCGGAAUGAAGACAAAGACAUUUAAAAAUGCGGGUGCGGAGGAAACAGUUUAUAUAACAAUGUUUACAGUUUGGUUUUCGUUCUUGAGCGAGAAAGCCAUUGAAUUGUACAAUUAUAGAAUAUCUUGCUUAUUUUCAAUUUUAUUACCGAUUUUAACAGAAAUUGUCGUACGCCGGAAAGGGGUCUCGUGGUAGAGUUUAAGGUUCGGUAUAUUAAAAAUACUUAUACCCUCUGCUGCCUUGGGCGAAUUACAUUAGGGGAAAUUUUAGACGUUGGGAAGGUGAAGAAUUUUACAUAAGCUAAUUGUAGCUCGCAUAAACAUUUCCGUUGCAAAACUAAUGAAAAGCUUAAUUUUAGGUGUUUAAUGCUACAUCCGGAUUUGAUAUUAAUGUGGAAACUAUUUUUCGCGUUGUUGAUGUAGCGAGAGUGCUUUUACGUUAUUUGUAUUUACCAUCACGUUGAACUUGAGCCAAAUUGCAAAAUCUGUUUGAAAGUUACAAUUCGACUGCUGAAGCAAUGAACCUGAACGUAACAUUACCCAAGUGACCUUGAAAGUAUUAAGCAAAACAGUGGUUAAGUUAACCCUUUAACUCCCAAGAUCUCUUUAGUAAUUGUCCUUACUGUCUGGCAUACAGUUCUUGUGAUGUUAGUUUGGACAAUUUCUUAUUUGAGCAACUCAAAAUCCCCUAACUAGUAUUUUUCGAUAUUCUCAUCACUUGUCUACUUGUUAUUGUAUUGAUAUUGUAAGGAGAAAUUCUUUCUUCGUCAUUUAUGGGAUUUAAAGGGUUAUUGACGGAUUCUGUGUUCGUAGUGACCACCCGAGCGGGAAAGAUAAGCAGAUCUUCCACUCUCCGCUUUGCUGUCUUUUCUCUCGCCAGUGUGGAUUUCUUUGGUGUAGUAUUUUACUUCAGAAUAAUUUUUUCCUCAAGCUUGUUCGGUCUUGAUGGCUGGUUAUGGGACUCUACUUCGUCUCAGCUGGUAGAAUCGCUAAAGGACGAACUUAGCCCAUAUCUUGCCAUUCUGACCUCUAUUUUGGACAACAAUGGGCAGUACAUUUGAGAGAAAGUUGUUACUCUACAUCAACAAAGUGAAAAAUAGUCUCAGACUCUCGCAAUAACGUCAGGCAACUUUCAAACUACGUGGAAACUUCGAUUUAACGGCCGGAAGAGACACUUAGAACUGGACAUGACAUGCAAAUGUUACACACCCCGAUUUAAACACGAAAGGAUAAGGAGAAGAAGACUCAGUUACUUAAACAGUUUGUAGAACUUAUGAGAAUGCUUCUAAUCUUGUGAGUCUUAUCAUAAAGCUGUCUCGGCACAUUAUUGCCCUCGGUUGCUAUAAAAAUUAAAAAAAAAACAAAAAAGGGGUCUGUAACGCUUCUCAACCGUAGGUACAUACAUACAUCUUGAUACACCUAUCAGGCAGUGAGAGCGAGCGUGCUCUAUUAAUUUUCUAUUAAUUUGUUUUCGUUGCAUGAGAGUUGCAACGUAUUAAAGCUUUCGAAUUCUUAUUAAGGUGAAGGGUCUUCUAGCUGUAAUUGAGAAAAGACCGAGGAUAGGCCAAGAUGUGUGUUUAUUUCAAGUUAAAAGAGUCUCCUCACUAUGCGCGAUAAUCUCGAGAUGGUUGCGCCUCAAGGAGUUGUUAUCUGAAUGGGACUAGUCGGGCUGUCGUUUGGUAUGUGUUAUUUACUAGCGUCGAUGAAACUCUAGGGCAAUUUUUGUUGUUUUUGUCUUUUUGUUUGUUUGUUUGUUUGUUUGAUUACAGAUUGUUAGUCUAAAACCUGGGUAAAUUGCACCUUGGCAAUUACACCUCUCGCUGUAAAGUUACUACAAUAGUGUUUCGGUGAACGUGCAAUUUUAACAUCAUUUACCUGUUUACCUGAGUGCUCUUCAUGGCAGGGCUCUUCCAUAAUGAAUUGAAAGUUGCCCAAUUGCCCAAUUGCCGUGUCGCGCAAAGGUCGGUCUUAUUGUUGAUUUGGUCGAGGAUCGAGAUUUGGAUCAAGCGAUUGGAUGUGAGAAUCCGUUAAAGCGUGGAGACUCUUUUAACUUGAAGGUUUGUCUUGCAGGUCAGAAUUUUGUACAGAGUAUUGAGAUUAUUCAGAAGAAUGGCUAAAUAAAUGUUAAAUUUAUAUUCUUUAGAGUUAUUAUUCAUGUCGAGAAAUUCAUUGUAAGUUCAAAUAAAGUUUUGGACAUAACAGAAAUAAAGAAGCUGGCGAGUUCUUGCAUUUUCUCAUUGGGUGUCCAGUGUAGGGAGGCAACCACUGCUCUAUUUAUUUGA